AUGACUCAUUUAGGACGCCAAGCUCUUCCACGUCCAGUUGGUACGACGCGUGCUUCAGUUGCAUCGAAUACAACAGCAACAUCAAAUAUAUCGAAUCCUACCAUAUCGACAACCGCUACACCCCCUGAGACAGCCCGACGUUCAUCAUCUUCAUCAGCAACAACAGUGGCGAACAAUGGCAUCAUUCCAUCUGAUCGUUCUCAACAACAAGUCAUUGAAUAUAUUCGUUCACGUGACAUCCAAGGUUUUAUCAAUCAUAUCGAACAGAAUAACAUCGAUGUCAAUUAUACGGAUAAUGUUGGUCAGACAAUGCUGAAUUGGGUUGCUGCUUUUGGCACACGUGAAAUGAUUGAAUACCUUUGUCGACGUGGCGCUGAUGCUAAUCGUGGACAACGUUCAUCAUCUCUACAUUAUGCGGCUUGUUUCGGGCGGCCAUCAAUCGUUCGUCUUCUAUUAAAAUACGGUGGUAAUGUUGAUUUACGCGAUGAAGAUGGACGAACAGCGCUGGAUAAAGCACGUGAACGGCAAGAUGAAGGCCAUCAAGAAGUUGUAGAAAUUCUUCAAUCGGCACACGAAUGGACAGAUAUACGACGACAAGAUUCUGCAACGUUAGCAAAUUCAAAUUCAUCGCCGAAAGCUUUUGAACAAACGGCCACAACAUCAUCGGCGACGGAAGCAGCAGCAUCACCAUCAUCAACAACAACAACAACAAAUGAAAUCAAAGGUGAUGUGGAAAUGCAACCUUUAUAUUUGCAACGUUUAUUAUCGAUCUUUUGUCAACUAUAUCAAAAUACAAUGAUUUUAACAAUCAAACGUAGUACAUUACGAUUAAUCUCGAAAUUAUUGCAUUAUGCAACAGUCGAUCAGAUACGAGAAUACCUAAUGAAAGGUGAGACGAAUAUUUCCACGACAUUAUUCGAAUUAUUAAGUUCAAUUUUGGAUACGAAUGAAGACGAUGAUGAUACAUCCAAUCUUGUUCUAUUAAUAAUCAAAAAUCUAUUUGAAAAAGAUAAACAGUUAUUUCUCGAACAAUUUCAAUACCUUGGUUUAAUAUGGAAAAUAACAUCAUUAGCAUUGUCGCACACAGGAGCAGGAUCGACUUCAUUAUCAACAGUCACAAAUUCUGACCACCACCAACAACAACAAUCAUCCUUAUCAAUUACUAUACUUGCUAUUGAUGCAAAAGAAAUUCUUUGUCAUCGUCCUUAUGUCUGGAAUGAAUUUAAUCUUUUACGUAAUCGAGAAUGCUUAUAUAUAUGGAAUGGUUCUAUCGCCAUCGAAUUAUCCAUGGGUUCCAAUGGAUGGUUUCGUUUUUUCGCUGAUAAUUCUCUAUCAACAAUGUAUUCGUCAGGAAGUCCGGAAACAAAUGUAGAUACGAAUGAGAAUCGACAUGAUUUCAUUGACAAACUUCAACGACUUAAACAACAAGUACUUGACGGAAUUGGACAAGAGAAAAACGAAGAAGAAGUCAAAUCGAAUGAUGAACAAACACAGCAACACCAACAGAUAAUGAUCGCACGAACGAUUUUUACAUCAGAUACAAGUAAUGAGCGAACAAUCACCGUCGGAAAUUGGACAUUUGAAUGUAAUGGACCAACACAACUUCGCGUACAUAAUGUAGAAGGCGAACAGAUCACUAUUCUCGAACAAGGCCAACCAGGCUUUGUCUUUGAAUCCAAUCGUGGCACACGGCAUACGUAUCAUGCUCAAAUGUCAUUAGGAAAUGAUUUUUCUAUUCCCUGGUCAACUAUUGAAACAUUGACUUCUUCAUCGUCGCACUCUGACGAUUCUCCGACGAAUAGUUCACUUGCCAAGGCUGGAUCCGUUCCAGUCGGUAAAACUAAACAAGAACAAAUGAAACAUCGCACAACCGAAUUAGCACUACAUAUUUACAACGAUUAUCUAAAAAAUGUCACAGCUACAAAUUACACACGUUCGAUAUUGAAUGACCUAACAUCGAUCGUCGGCGAUUUAAACAAUGAUUUGAAUGUAAAAUCAUUUCAGAAAUUGAAAGAAUUUCUACUUGACAAAACCAGUUUAUCAUUAUACGAACUCUCAUCAUCGGGUCUUGUUGGUAGUUUAUUAAAAAUCUUUCACAAUCUACUCAAUCAGACAUCGGAUGAAACGAACCUUGCAAAUGAACGCGCAAAGCUAUUCUGUUCAACUUUUCUUGCCGAUGAUCAUCCACAUGCAUUUCAUAUUCUUAUCAGAAAGUUGAUUUCAAUUCUUGAAUCAAUCGAAAAACUACCAUUAUUUCUCUAUGAUACACCGUCAAAUUAUGGAUUACAAAUAUUCUCCAAACGCUUUCGUUUGCAGCUCCACUAUCAAAAUCAACAACAGAUAUUCACAGAUCGAACAGGAAAGUCAUUGAAAAUCGAACCAUUGGCUACAGUCGGUCAACUGAAAACAUUUCUCACCUCAAUGGUGUCCAAACAAUGGUAUGAUCAUCCUCAUAGUCAGCUGGAAUUUGUAAAACAACUGAGAUCCAAUGGUCGACAGCAAUUUACCUAUAUGAAUGAAUUCGAUCAAAAUGGCAUUCUGUAUUGGAUCGGAACGAACGCAGGAACCGUGUCAAAUUAUACAAAUCUUAGUUUAACUGGGCUUGUCUCAGUGACUUGUUCGGAUGCAAAUUGUACAUCGCAACAAAUAUCAGCAAUUUUUUCGCACAUAACACGUACCAAUGAUGAAGAAACGAACGAUGAAACGAGUCGUGCUUUCAGUUGGAUUAUGAUUGACUUAGGUUUAUUCAUUCUUCCUACACAUUUUACCUUGAGACAUGGCACGGGUGGUUUUCCACAUUGGACAAAGACGUUUCUAUUUCAAAUAUCGAAAGAUGGAAUACAUUUUAUCCCAUGCGACAUAUCGUUGGUUAAUGAUGCGAAUGCAUCAGUAGCAACAUGGGUCAUCAAGAACAAUUUAAAUGAGAACUCAUCAGGUUUUCGAUAUAUUCGUAUUCAUCAAAAAUGUAGUCGACAUCCUGUUUGUCUUUCUGGUUUUGAAAUCUAUGGUCAGGUCAUUUCAGCUAUAGACAUUCGUUCAAAACCAGAAACGAACCGUUCUCGUUCAGCUCGUGAUGAUCUUCGACAUCAUUCAACAACAUAUCGUCAAACUCCUCCAUAUCACCAUUCACAUUCGACAUCAUCAUCAUCAUCAUCAUCAACGAGUAAUCGUGCAAGUAAAAUGCAAUCGCACAUCUUGCGACGUUUGGCAAGCAUGCGUUCGUCUGGCACGACAACAACAGCGACAGUAUCGUCUGGAGGAAACUCAUCCGCAUCGAACAAUUCUUCGAAUAUUACAGGGUCAGGUUCAACGCCACUGGAUCGAAUUUUAUUUGAUCAGAUGGUUGACCUUUCAUCAAUUCCAUUGGAUUUAUCUGCAGCACUUGAGUUGGAUGAUCCUGAACGAUUACGAAUUGUCAUACAAGAAACAUUAUCACGGCUGACUGGUGAACCAGCAUUGAAUGACAACACUAAUCUAUUGAAUUUAAUUUCACAACGUAAAAGUGUUUCGACACCAAAUAUCAGUAAUGACGAACCCGUCUUCUCUGUUUCAUCAACUGAACAAGCUUCGAGUGCUGAAAGUCUUGUCUUAUCUUCUCGACCAGCAGAUCAUACUCUCGAUCUUAUGCAAGGCUUUCGUGAUCAAAUAGCGCGACAAUACGAUGCGCUAAUGGCUCAAACGCAACUCGAACCAACUAUUGAAGAGCCAGCGACAUCGUUAUGGCUUUCAUCUUCUACCGAAGAUUUCUUAGCACCCAUUCACUCUGAUGCAAGAAAUGCUGACAACUGGCUUGAACUCGGAGACUACAACGAAGAAACGCGACUUACACCAAAAGAUAAUGCAAAAGAUAAACACGGGCAUGCAUCAUUCAAUCCAUCGAGUGAUAAUACUCAUCCUCAUGCACGACUUUUCCCUUCAACUCAAACAACACCAAUAACAACUACAACUCAUUCUCAACAAUCGAUCAGUAGCAACACAGAAUCAGUUGAAUCGAUGUACGCAGUAACUGAAGAAAACAAAAAGAAUGCAACCAGUGAAUGUGCCGAACAGCGUAUAAUUUUACUAGAAAAUGAUAUGAAUGCAAGUGUUCCAAAUUUAUCAACAACAAAUCCAAAUACUGUUUCUCUAUCGAAUCUUUUAACAACUGCUCAGAGUUCACCAAAUUUAACCACGUCAACUACGAUCAACAUUGCUAAUGUCGCAAUUAUUGACGACGAAUCGAUGCCGAUCGAUGAAUCACGUAGCCUAUCUGAUAUUCCUUUAGUGGAUAAGCAGCAAAAACAAAAUGAUGAAACAAGUGAGGAUGAAGACAUGGACGACGAAGAACAUUGCCAAUUAAAACGUGCGAAAUCAGACAGUCAACAAAUUCCACCGCCCAUGGAUCACAAUGAUGAUGAAGAAGAAGAUGAUGAAGAAGAAGGAGAUGAAGAGGAACCCGAACAAGACGAGAAUUGUCCGAUGUUUUUCGAACAGGAAGAAGAAGAAUAUGACGAACAAUUACAACAACAGAUUCAUGGUGGACAACAGCCGGUCACACGUCGCAAUUGGGAUGAUGAUUUUGUUCUAAAACGACAGUUCUCCGUUUUACUUCCAGCAUUUGAUGGACGCCCAGGUCGAACAAAUAUCAAUGCUACGCAAGAUAUUUCAGUACCAACAACGAUGGCUCCGAAAGAAGCUACUUUAUCAAAACAAAUCUCAACUGCCGAUGUAUCUGCUGCUUCUAAUAUGACAUUAUAUCUUCGUGGACCAUCACCAACUCUGCCAGGAUUAAAAGAAAUUGAUAUUGAAUUGAGUGAUUCCGAUGCCACGAUUUUCAAAUAUAUUCAACAAUUAAUCAAACCGUUUCCAUCAUCACAAAGAUCUGAAUGUAUUAAACGUAUAUUUGAGCCAACAUACACAAUUGUUUACACUGAGAAAUCCAAUGACCUAUCAUCAAAAUCAGAAAGAAAUUCUCCAUCGUCUUCCUCUUCUUAUCCAACUGAUCUUGAUAUGAUUUUUCCGACGCAUGAAUCUUCAGCCGAUCCCAAAGAUGUUUGUACAAUCGAAGAUAUUCUUCAACUACUUCGUCAACUAUAUCACUUACUGAUUACUCAUAUUCAAAGCAAUCCUCAUCGUUAUCAUCCAGAUGAUAAUCUUUCAUUUGAAAGCUAUUUCUAUUCAAAGAAACUCAACAACAAACUGCUUCAACAAAUUCAAGAUUCAAUUAUCAUUGCAUCAGCCAGUUUACCAUCGUGGACAUCCUGGUUAACGCACUCAUACAAAUUUCUCUAUCCAUUGGAAACUCGACAAUUAUACUUUCGUACGACCAGUUUUGGCACAUCACGAUCAAUUGUUUGGCUGCAAGAACGUCGUGACGAAUUGAUACGUACAGCACGCACCGGUGGACUACUACGUCCAUUGGGCGGUUCGACAACAACCGGAACAACGACAUUAUCAUCGUUUCGUGUCACGUCAAAUCCGAAUGAGAAUUCAUCGACAGGAUCGAGUUUGUUCGCACCAGAAUUUCGUUUGGGCCGUUUGAAAAUCGAUCGUGCCACACCUAUUGAUCGUGAACAUAUUCUUCGUGAUGCUAUGAAUCUGUUUCAUUAUCAUGCAAAAUCGAAAGCAAAAUUAGAAAUUCAAUUUUUGAAUGAAGAAGGUACAGGUGAUGGGCCAACAUUAGAAUUCUACGCCUUAAUUGCUAAUGAAUUACAGCAGCAUUCACUUGGCCUAUGGUGGAAUCAUGAUGAUUGUGAGCAUCAUGAAACAAUCUAUGUUAGGAAAUUGGAAGGUCUCUUUCCUAUUCCAUAUGAUCAAACAAAUCCUAAGCUUGAUGACGUUUGCAAUUAUUUUUCCUUGAUGGGAAUUUAUUUCGCAAAAUGUUUAUUAGAUAAGUAUUUAAUCGAUAUGCCAUUAUCCAUUGCAUUUCUGAAACUCUUGUGUAUGAAAUCGAAAUAUGAAGACGAUUCACAAAUAUGGUUCGAUGGUAUACUAGAUAUAAACGAUUUAAUUGAUAUUGAACCAUCACGUGGCAAGUUCUUUCAACAAUUAUAUCAAUUGAUUGAAAAACGAAAUAAAAUUAUGAUUGAUACUCAAAAAAGUAGUGAAGAAAAACGAACGCUAUGUUCACAAUUAAGAAUAGAAAACGAACAUCAUGAACCCGUGAAUUUAGAACAUUUAUGUUUGACGUUUGUUUUUUCGCCUCCGUCGAAUACCUACGGUUAUCAAUCGAUUGAUUUAAUACCGAAUGGAUCACACAUUGAUGUAACAAUCGAUAAUGUUGAUCAAUAUGUUAAAUCGUCUCUUGAAUUUAUCGUUCGGGAUGGUAUUCGCCGACAAAUGGACGCAUUUCGAAAUGGGUUUAGUCAAGUCUUUUCAAUUGAACAUUUACGAUGUUUUAAUCCACAAGAAUUAAAACUUCUUCUCUGUGGAAAUCAAUGGCCAUCGUGGUCACUUGAUGACCUUUUGAAUUACAUUGAGCCUAGUCAUGGUUUUACUCGAGAAAGUCCGGGCUUUAUGAAAUUUCUCAAUGUGAUGAUGGAACUUGAUGGCAUGGAGAGAAAAUCUGUUGUUCAAUUCAUUACCGGUUGUUCGUCAUUACCACCUGGCGGUCUCGCUAAUCUACGACCACGUCUUGCUGUGGCACGUAAAGUCGAAGCCGAUGAUAAUUCAUAUCCAUCAGUUAAUACGUGUUACCAUUAUCUCAAAUUGCCUGAUUAUUCAAAUGAAGAUAUUCUCAAACUUCGUCUCAUGACAGCAUGCAAAGAACGCGGAUUCUAUUUCAAUUGA